GUUUUCUUGAUGAUGCAUGUUCCGGGCUUCAUUUUUCGCCGACUGUGUACAAACCUAAGACAGAUUCCUUCUCAAUGCACGCGGAAGUUGUCUGUCGUUAACAUUUCCCCCGACCGAGAAGCUGUCUAUACAUCUAAGUUGGAACUUAGAAGACCGGAACUAGAAGAAAUAAUGCCAGUAUACCGUGUGCUGACCAAAGAUGGUACGGCCUUUUCCCCCGAAGUAGAGCCACAGCUCGAAAAAGAUCAUGUAUUGAAAAUGUUCAAAACGAUGGUUAUGUUAAACACUAUGGACCGCAUUAUGUAUGAAUCGCAACGCCAAGGACGUAUCUCAUUCUACAUGACAAACUACGGUGAAGAAGCAUGUCAGAUUGGAUCCGCCUCGGCUCUUAAUCCAGAUGAUUUCAUUUACGGACAGUAUCGCGAGGCAGGUGUGCUCAUGUGGCGUGGCAUGACUUUGGAACAGAUGAUUGAUCAACUCUACUCAAAUGUUGGUGAUUGUGAUAAGGGGAGACAAAUGCCCGUGCACUACGGAUCCAGGGAUUUACAUUUUUCUACAAUCUCCUCACCGUUAGCCACCCAAAUACCCGUCUGUAAGUUAUAUCCACGUUUCCGAAUCUUUAUGCCCAAUUAUUUGGCAGGCGCUGCGACUCUCCAAUGCUACUUUCACACAUCCAAUCACCCUGGGGAGAAACGAUUUUAG